UUUUCCAAAAUAAAUAACCGGUGAUUCUGCAACUGAUCUCAUCAUGAUCAAAAGUCAUCAUUGUACGCUUCGCUACACGGACACAACGCAUCUGCCGCCAAUCCUUCCGGGAUCAUCGAAAUGGUUCAAGUUCAAGCGCUACAUCCGGACCCUGAUGCUGGUAUCCCGGGAGCAUCCGGAUACGAAGUACUACCUCAAAAGUGUGGCCCAAAUUUCCAACGAAAACAAACGGCAAGUCAGCAGCUAUCCGCCGUUUGUGGUGCAUCCGUUUAGCGAGUUUCGGUUGUACUGGCACAUGGUCAUAUUUGUGGCUUUAACGACUCAUCUGUUCAUUUUGGCGUUUGAUUUUUCGUUUUUGAUUUUUAUGACACCCCACUCGUAUGCCGGUGCUAUGCGGUUCGAUUUGCUGCUGUGUGUCAUAUUGGCUACGGAAAUUGCACUGAAGUUCGUUACCGGAUACGUUGUCAAGGACACCAGCGAGAUUGUAUUGGAUCCUAGAAGAAUUGCCUUCAACUAUUUAGGGUUCCGGUUCCUGUACGAUCUUAUUCAAGUGGUGCCGUACAUUUUGUUGUUGAACUAUUUUGAUCGAGAGUUUUACACCUACUCGGUUUAUGGAUACUUGACAUUCAUGGUUUUCCUGUACGUGAUAAGCAUUGCGAGGUUUCAAGAAAUUUUUCACUACUUUGCCAUAAUUCCAAAAUCCCUUCGCAUGAACGAAACGAUGCUACUGAUUUUGAAAAUGGUCAUUAGCACCGUCUAUGUCUUGCACUGGACGUCCUGUUUGCGUUUCAUCAUUCCGGAACUUUCUUAUGUAGCUGAACCUGAUAUCGACGUCUUUUCUAUGACACCACCGGAUUUUACAAAUUUUUCUGUUAGUCAAUUUUUGAUUGACAUCUACUGGCGUCACUACCGAUUCGAAGAUGCAAACAACUAUCCGGUCGAAAGUCGGAUGACGCUGGAUCCACCAAGCUAUGAAGUAUACGCCAGCUAUUAUAUUGCAACGAGGGCGAUGGACCAAAGAGCAAACGACAAUAAUUAUUUUUUCUCUAGAAUUGAUUUUGUCCGUAAGAAUGCACUACUUUCGGAUAGAUAUUUGGCAAGUAUGAUGGCAACGGUGCAGAUUUCGUUCGCCGCGACUACUGAUGAUGUCGCCGAUAUGAAACCGAUAAUGAAUAUUAUGACGUCCUAUUUACUCAUCGCCGGCUGGUUCUGGUUCACUUAUAUACUCAUCCACAUGGUCAAGACCAUAGUUUCGACCGAGCGCAGUAAAACUAAAUAUGAAGAACUGAUUAACGAGUUUAAUGCCUACGCUUAUAACAAGCGACUCAGUAAAGGUCUCCAAAAUAAGAUGAUCCGGCAUCUUGGAUAUCGAUUCCGGAACCAUUAUUUCAAUCAGAGCAUAAUCCUCCGGCUGAUGUCUGACAACUUGCGUCGUAAGGUUCACUUAGAAAUUUGCCAGCACCUGAUUCAUCGGGUAGAAAUUUUCAAAGGUCUUCCUCCCACACUCGAAGAAGACAUCGCCGAUCAGCUCAUCUAUGAAAUUUUCUUAGCCGGCGAUGUUCUUGCAGAAGCAGGAUGUACUUCGGAUUCGUUAAUCUUUCUGGCCACCGGAACAGCUGCCGUUUACACAUCUACUGGAAUAGAAAUCGGUCACCACAUAGAUGGAGCUAACUUUGGGGCGGUAUCGUUGCUGAUUCCUGGCCGGGAACGGACUGCUACCGUAAUUGCUCUAGAGAACUGUGAGGUUUAUCGGCUGACGUGUUCGGAUUUCCAGAGGCUGAUCGAACCCUAUGCGCAUAUGUUGAUGCCGAUGCACCGAUUUGCCGAGGAAAGAAUCGCCCAAGAGGAACGCAACAAAGGUCGCGUACCGGAAGAGGAUAUGUACGAUAAUUUUUUGGCGUAGUGAAAGCU